AUGGCCAACUUAUCGUGGGCUUGGCUGCUCCUGAUCUCUGUGUCCCAAGUGGUCCAAAGUGCUGAACCUGCCCGCAAACGCUGGAACAAGCCAGAUGGAAAUGAUGACAACUUUGUGGAGACUUGGUAUAUUGGAGACACAGUGAAGCUCAGCUGGAGUGGUUGGGACAAGGACCAAAGGGACCGCACGAUUGAAGGAUUGGAUGAAGCCAAGCUAUACGUGAAUGCAUGGAACCCAGACUACUCAACCUGGUCCAAGGUUAUUACUGCGAAUGCUUCAAUCGAUCGUGGGAGUUCUUUCACCUGGACCAUCGACAUACCUGACUCCACCCUGUCAAAGACUAAAGAGUAUGCUGUUACUUUUAUUCCAAUGAAUCAAACAGACCACAAAUACACUGGCUCUCGCCUGUCAUCACCGGGAUUCCGCAUCCAAUCGAAGUCGACGACGACGUCUUCCGCAUCAGUGACUGCUUUCGCAACAACCUCGAAAACUGCAUCAUCUCUUUCAGAGCCUUCGCCAUCUCAUACGAACGGACUCUCGACUGGCGCAAAAGCGGGCAUUGGCGUCGGCGUAAGUAUCGCCGGCUUAGCAGUGCUGAUCGCACUCGGAUUUCUCUUUGUCCGACGGCGCCACCAAGCAUCAUCGCAAGAUAUAGACUCAGCUAAAGCCACUGGCGAUGGCUACAAUCAUGAGGCCAAACCGGUGACAUAUGAGCUUUUUACGACCCCGGCUGAGUUACCAGGGACUCCCGGUAGGAGAUGA